UGAACAGCUGAUCAACUGUCAGGCUAUGAAACUUUUAGGUUUUUAAGUAACAUUCAAGUUUUAGGUUAUGUAGUUAUGAUAGUUACAUAAAUACAAAAUACAUGAAAAACACUUCAUUUCAAAAGCGGUUUGUUGUGUAAAAUGUUGCAAUUUUUACGUUCAAUAUUUUUUUUAAAAUAGAACAGAAAAUGCUGCGGACGUUUUUAAGAACAUUGCGACCUUUCAUUAGUACUAAAAUAAGAGCGGUGGGUGGUGUGGGCGGCGUGGGUGACGGGAGCGCCGUGGGUAAGGAGCAGCAACUGGCUGCUGCUCUGCGACGCGCUCUGCCAGGCAUCACCUAUCUCAGCGUCGAGGACAUCUCUGGCGGUUGCGGCGCCAUGUUUGAAGUGAGUGUGGAAGCCAAAGAAUUUGCGGGAUUGUCUCGCGUGAAGCAGCAUCGUUUAGUCACCGAGUCCCUGAAGGAUGAGAUAGCAGAAAUGCACGGAAUACGUAUUCACACCACGCCGCCUACAUCUCCUGAAUAAAAUUAAUAAACGAUAUUAGUCAUCGUUUUAAAUAAAUGUUUUAAAACUAAA